AGAUGAGUGUUAUCAUCACAUGGGCUGGGCAGCGGUGGGACAGAAAAAUAUUCUCUGUUUUGUCCUUAGCAACAAGAGCAAAAAGGCUGACGCAUUACUGUUCGACGCGGCGGGUGAUAUCAUGCUUCUUGUUCUGCUGCGGCGGAAUCCGUCCGUCACCUUUUAGUCCCUCCGAUCCCCGCCCGUUCCGGCACUUGCUCCCCCCGGGAAGUGCGGGUGAUGUGAUCGCUGCGGCUCGUGUCGCCUUCGGGAGUGGAUUUUCGGGGUUGUUCCGGUUGUGAUGGGCUGCGGGGGGUCCAAGCUUGAGGAGGAGGCGGCGGUGGCGCUCUGCCGCCAGCGGUCGCAGCUCCUCUCCCACGUCAUUCGCUGUCGCUACGGUCUUGCGGACGCGCACUCCUCGUACGUCCGAUCGCUCGCCUCCGUCAGCGCUGCGCUCAGUGAGUUCCUGAAUGGGGCACUCCCGCUUUCUUCUCCCGUACUCUCCCUCCCGGCCCGGCGGAAGGGUGACCCUCUCCCGCCACUCACCCCAUCCCCUCCUCCGGCGUCCGUGUGCCUCCCCUCUGCUGCCGUCCGCGGACACUCUCGUUCCCACUCCGGCUCGCACAUUCAUUUCCGCCCCUCAGAUUCUGAUUCGGACGAAGAUUCGCCCCUUCACUCGGAUAGUGUUUCUCCGGUUCACCACCUCCCGGCGGAUGACGCUCCGCCCGUUGGACGGUCCUACGUCAAUCUCCGCUAUUUGCGAAACGGCCCGGCGGAGCCGUCGGUCACCUUUGAGCAGCAACCUCCGAGUUCCGAGCCGAUACGCUUCGGCACCGUUGAUGAUCCUGCUCUCGCGGCUUCCCCUUACUAUGGCUACCUGUACCCCCUUCAAAGUUCCGACUUUUACCCCUCCUAUCCUUCUUAUCCAUCAGAUGCCAACAACGGUGGCGGUAUCUUUGGCUCCUCCUCACCGCCUCCAAACAUUCCGCCACCUACCAUGGGAGCAGGUGAGAAUCCUACUCCUCGAGAACCUCCACCACCCCCGUCGCCCAAGGCUUCAACCUGGGACUUUCUCAACCCGUUCGAAUCGUACGAUAAUUACUAUGCUCCCUAUACCUCAAGCCGCAGCUCAAAGGACUUGAGGGAGGAGGAGGGCAUUCCUGAUCUGGAAGACGAAGAAGAGGAAGUGGUCAAGGAAGCUUAUGGAGAUCCAAAGUUCGCAGCAUCCACAUCAGCCGCUGCAGAUGGAGAGCACUAUAGUAAGGCGGCUAUCGGGUUGCAAGAAGGUGACAACGGCAGUGUCGGGGAGGAUUCCAACAGAAAGUCAAAGUCAGUGGAGGUGGGGAGUAGCUCGGAGCUUGAGGUUCCUGUGGCCGAGAAGAGUGUGGUGGCUGAACCAGCAGAGUGGCACAAUGAGGAAUUUGUGGUUUGGAAGAAUUACCAAAAUGAUUCUGAGAUCGUGCAGGAGAUUAAGAUUCAAUUUGAUAGGGCUUCCCAAUCGGUUGUUCAGGCAUCCAAGAUUCUUGAUGUGGGAAAGAUUCAAUAUCAGCGCAAAAAUUCUGUGUAUAAAGUUUCUGCCAGGAUGAUAUGUGGAUUUUCUCUAUUUUCAACUUCUACGGGCAAAGAUCUUUCGUAUGAAGAAGACAACAGCCUUUCAUCAACAUUGCAGAAGCUUUACAAUUGGGAACAAAAGCUUCUUGAGGAAGUCAUGGCUGAAGAAGAGAUGAGGGUACAAUACGAAAGAAAACACCAAUGCUUGAGGCACUUGAGUGAAAGGGGUGCUGAAGCUGAAAAGCUUGAGGCUGUGGAAACUACCAUGAGGAAGAUAUCUACAAAGUUAAGAGUAGCCAUUCAGGUUGUGGACACAAUUUCAAGUAAAAUAUGUCAAUUAAGGGAUGGAGAAUUAUGGCUACUAGUUAAAGAACUAAUUACUGGGUUUAAGGAAAUGUGGGCGGUCAUGUUAGAAUGCCAUCAGAUUCAAUAUCAAGCAAUAUCCGAAGCCAAAAACCUGGACUCUAUUGUGUCCAGAGGAAAGCUUUCUGAUACUCAUGUGGAAAAAGUAAAGCAUUUAGAACUAGCAAUGGUGGAAUGGAUUGCCGAUUUCUCUGCUUGGGUUAGUGCUCAAAAGACCUAUGUUGAUGCUUUGAAUGAAUGGCUGAAGAAAGGUAUAGCUUAUGAACCAGAGGUUACUGAUGAUGGUGAGGUUCCUUUUUCUCCUGGAAAAUUAGGUGCACCUCCUGUAUUUGUCAUUUGUAACUAUUGGUCUUCCAGCAUAGAAAUGGUAUCUGAAAGAGCUGUUGUUGAAGCAGCACAUGAUUUUGUAGAUAAUGCCCUUAAUAUUUGGAAAGACCACAAAGUUUUACUGCAGCAGAGGUUAUUAGUAAACAGAAAUAUGGAUGACAAGCUAAUAAGAUCAAUGGAAAAUGAAGAAGAAGAACUUCUUAAGCAGAGAAAGAGAUUAAUGAUAAUUUCUGGCAGGGAUUUGUCGACAACUGAAUAUGUGCAUCGUGAAUCCACUGCGAGUAGUCUUCAGUCAAGUUUGAGACACAUGUUUGAAGCUGUAAAAGAUUUUUCUGCUAAUACCAUGAAAGCAUAUGAGGUACUCCACAAACAAACUGAAGGAACGGAUCUGCUAGGAACUUCUUAAGCGGAGAAAGAAAUUAAUGAUGAUUUCCGGCAAGAUUCAUCAACAACUGCAUAGUGAAUCGACUAUGAGUAGUCUUCAGUCAAGUUUGAGGCAGAUCUUUGAAUCUAUAAAUGAUUUUUUCUGCUAAUACCAUGAAAGCAUACGAGGUAGUCCGCAAACAAAAUGAAGAGAGAUCUGCUAAAGGGCAAGCAAGAGAGUUGUACUGCACAACUACUUGACCUUGCCAUUCAUGACAGAAGCACAAGCCCCCUUGUGCUGCUAUAAGAUUCAAUGUUUGUCUCUGGCAUGCAUCAUUCAAUGCCUAAAUUGUUCUGGAAUGAUCUUUUGUGUAGCACAAACACAUAAACUUGGCACGAGCCUCUUAGAAGAAGAUUUCAAUGGUUCACAAUCAUGUGCGGGAUCGGUAUUGGCGCCAGAUCAUUCUAGUUAAUGUAACCCACAAGGUCUGAGAAGCUUUGUAUCAUUGCAAUGGAAGGGCCACACAACUGGAAAACAAUUUCCCAGCCACUAUAUUGGAAAGAUAGGUGGUAUCUGAUGAUUAGUUGGUUUAGUUCUUGGUAUUUCAUUUUGUUCGACAACAUCAAUUUGAAAGUGGGAAAGGUACGUUGCUGCUAGCUCUGAAAUGUUCGAAUCCCUUUGUAUGUCUGACACCUGAUAUUCCAAUAAUGGUCCUCUAAGUUGGAUAUCGACAUCCAAUUGAUAAUCAGACACUGAUCCUCUGAGUUGGCACUGACAUCCCAUUGCUAUUCAAACACUGAUCCUCCAAGUAGGAUACAUGACAGUAGAAUCUGAUGUGAUCACUGACUGAAGUUGAAUUGCUGAUUUUUGUUAGGAAGGCCAAGGUAGUCCCUUUGCUCUAGAGUAACAUAGAUUUAAUUUUAUUUUUAUAGCUUUUCUUAUAUUCUGUUAUUUAUUUUUUAAGAUACAUAUUUUAUCCUAGCGCUAGCAUUGUUUGGUGCCUGAUGGAUUAUUUGGUCAUGUAUCCUCCUUAGCUUUGCGCAUUUGGAAGUUAAACUAUGUGCAGUUCGAUCAUCAGCUAUUUCAUGUGGCACUUGUUUCUGAAGUGAUUUGAUGCAGAAUGCUAUUUAUUUAUUUUA